AGAUGGGUAGCUUUGCAAGCAAAACCAUGAGUUCUCAUAAGGUGGCCGAUCAAUCUGAGGAAGAGAAAAAGCAGAUGGCCAGACCUGGAAGCAUCGAAACAAACUGGAGAGAACUCAGUGGCCAAAAUAAUUGGAAGGAUUUGUUAGACCCACUUGAUUUCAAUCUCCGUAGGUACAUAAUACACUACGGAGAAAUGGCUGAAGCUACUUAUGAUGCUUUUAACUCUGAUAAAGCAUCCAAGUAUGCAAGAAGAAGCCGUUAUGGAAAAAGAGAUUUCUUUUCCAGGGUGGGUUUAGAAAAAGGAAACCCUUUCAAGUAUAAGGUGACGAAGUUCCUCUACGCAACCUCAGAGAUUGAUUUUCAUAUUCUAGACGAUGUUGAAGAAUCAAACUGGAUAGGGUAUGUCGCGGUGGCCACCGAUGAAGGCAAAGCCGUGUUAGGGAGGAGGGACAUUGUGGUGGCCUGGAGAGGAACUGAGCAGGUCAUGGAAUGGAUCAAAGAUCUUCAGUUCCUUUUGGACGACGCUCCAUACAUUUUUGGGGAUGACUCUGAAUGUAAAGUACACCGAGGCUUUUACUCCGUUUACACAGCAACUAACUCGUUACAACCAGACUUCACCAAAACCAGUGCUAGAACUCAGGUCUUGACUGAGAUUAGAAGACUGGUUAACAAAUAUAAGGAUGAGGAAAUAAGCAUAACUGUUACUGGACACAGCUUAGGCGCAGCACUUGCAACACUAAAUGCAGCGGACAUAGUCACAAAUGGAUGUAACGUCCCAGAAAAUGAACCCCAAAAAGCUUGUUCUGUCACAGCCUUUGUUUUUGCUUGCCCUAGAGUUGGAGACUCAGACUUUCAGGAGUUUUCUGCAAGUCAAAAGGAUCUUCGGAUACUAAGAAUCCGUAAUAAAAACGAUAUUGUUCCAAGGCAUCCUUUCUUGGGUUAUGCAGAAGUGGGAGAAGAGUUGGAGAUCGAUACUGACGAAUCGAACUUCUUAAAACAACCAGGUGAUUUGAAGAGUUGGCAUAAUUUGGAGGUUUACUUGCAUGGAGUUGCGGGAACACAAGGGAGCAAAGGAGGAUUUAAUCUAGAGGUUAAAAGGGACAUUGCACUUGUGAACAAAGGCAUGGGUGCUCUGAAGGAUGAGUAUCAUGUUCCUGAGGCUUGGAGGAUUGACCAAAACAAGGGUUUGGUUCAGCAGCCAGAUGGUACUUGGAAGAUGCAAGAACCAGGAUCAGAAUCUGACGCUGAUGACGAUGAUUUUUAUUAA